AUGCCCGCUGUAUUAUCGGAUGACGCGCUCAAUCGAUAUCGCAUCACCCAUCCCGACAAAGAACUCCGAACUCUCCUUCGGCGCAUAUACCUUCUUCCUGGUCUCGCGGCAGCUACCCCGACGAAUGAUGAGGGUAUCAUGCAGGGAGGCACUCCGGAAGGCGGAGAAGUAGACGCGGAGAUGGAGCGGGAGAUCACCAGGAUCGAGGUACUGAAGUGGAAAGCUAGCGUGGAGAGGGUGAUGGCGAGUGCCAAGAAUCUGGGGAGGCAGGGGGAGCGAUAUAGGCAGAGGGCAGAGGAGACAUCGAGACAAGCGGAAGCACUCGAAGCCACCCUAGAGGACGAGAAGCGACUUCUCGCUUCGAAGCUGAAAGAGCGGGAUCAUAUGAUCCGGUGCGAUGCGGUGUAUGCCAAGAUCACCGCUCGUCCCAAGUCCAAGGAGGAGCUGAAGGAGCAAAUCGUAACUCUCCAAGCCCAGAUUGAGGCACAUCGCACUUCUCACGCCACCUACCUCGAUAUCGUCCAACGACGCAUCGACGCCUUCUCGAGCAUCACCCCCAUCGUUGAUGAAGUCAAGGCAAUGGAGCUCCCCGUCGAGACAAGCACAGACACAACCGACGAACCUAUGGACGUCGACGACCCCAUGCCUGCUUCCCGCGAGCCCGAACCGGCUGCUCCAGCGUCAGAUAGCGCCCGCCUAUCUGGCUCCGCCCUCCCCUUCCAACCUUCCUCAAGCGCCAGCAGCUCCCGCAGCAACGCCGCCACGCCCCCAUCUGCCCCUUCCGCCCGGUCCGCAUCGCACGCACUUCCAACUCGCCCAAGCAGGAAGUCGCCGGUCAUACCUACUGCGCCGAGCGCUGUCAGGGGUGUAGCAGCGUCAGGCAACAGGGCGGCGUCGGCGAGUCUCCCUCAGCGUCCCAGUGGGCUCCGAAGCUCCACAACGCCGGGCCGGAAUGGGCUAGAAGAGGGGGAAGUGGAGGGCGAAGAGGGAGAGGUGGAUGAUCGGAAAGUCAACAGGGGCGGUAGGCGGAGAUGA